CAAUGAGCACACAGACGGGUGGUAUAAAAGCUGAACACGGCGAAACAAACACUGCUUGAUACGUAUUAUUACCCCUUCGAGCUAAUCUAAAAUCAACAUGUCUGGACGUGGCAAAACCGGUGGAAAAGUGAGAGCGAAGGCCAAGACCCGCUCCUCCCGGGCCGGCCUGCAGUUCCCCGUGGGCCGCGUCCACAGGCUGCUGAGGAAAGGAAACUACGCCCAGCGAGUCGGGGCCGGAGCUCCGGUGUAUCUGGCCGCCGUGCUGGAGUAUCUGACCGCUGAGAUCCUGGAGCUGGCUGGAAACGCCGCCCGCGACAACAAGAAGACCCGCAUCAUCCCCCGACACCUGCAGCUGGCUGUCCGCAACGACGAGGAGCUGAACAAGCUGCUGGGAGGCGUCACCAUCGCCCAGGGAGGAGUGCUGCCCAACAUCCAGGCCGUGCUGCUGCCCAAGAAGACCGAGAAGGCCGCGAAAGCCAAGUGAAGCUCCGGCUUCUGCCCCGAAACCACGGCUCUUUUAAGAGCCACCACCUCCUCUGGAGAGCAGUUCCCAAUUCUAUUCUGAACCUGCUGCUGAAGCUGUUUUCAUAAACUGCUGAACAGUUAUAAGCUGAAUAUGAAGAACAGGAGCUGGAUAGACCUAGGGCCGGAUUCACAAAACAUUCUUAAGAAAAAAAAUCUUAAGUGUAUUUUUUUUCUUAAGUUCAGUCUUAAGAAGAUAAAAAGUCAUAUUCUCCAAAAAAGUUCUUAAGUAUUUUCUCAACUUUCUUCUUAAGUUUCUUAAGAAAAAACUUAAGAAUAAAUGGUAUUCUUGAAAUAAAAGUUCUCAUUUUUUCUUGACUUUUUUCUUAACUUUAAGACAACCUUGACCUGUCUUAAAAUUUAUUCUGUGAAAAGGUAAUAAUAAGCCUCUAAUAUCACCUUUUUCAACACAUUUUAGAUUAGUAGGUCAUAGUUUGAGGAUAUACUUUGUAAUUAAUUACACAAAGAGCCUGUUAACUGUUUGUUAGCAUGUUAGUUAGCGUGGUAGUUAAUUAUUAUUCAUUUUCCCCAAUAGUUUUUUUUUCUCACAUUAAUCUCAUCCACCAUAACCUUGAAAAGUUCCUGCAUCUCUUUUUCUCCUUCUCCAUGUUUAGUGACUGACUGACGGUUAAACUACCUGUAUAAAUGUUGUUUGUUGGCGCGUAUUUUAAGAAGUUCUUAAGUAGAAAAAUAAGAAAUUCGUAAGAAAUGACAGUUCUUAAGACGGUUCUUAAGAAAAUAAUGAGGAAUUGCACUUAAGAACUUUCUUAUGAACUUCUUAAUUUUAGAUUUUAAGACAUUUCUUAAGAUUGUUCUUAAGAAUAUAUUGGUGAAUCCGACCCCUGGUUUUGAUGCUCUUGAGGGCAAAAUGAGCAUAAGGAGAGAAACAUUUCUAAUAUAAACUGGGACGAUAUUUUGUUACUGCUGGUCUGUAAUGAGUUUUUUUUUUGUGUGGAUGUAAAGUUUUGCUUUUCAAAAAAUAAAAAUUGAUCUGGGAUUAUUUAGU